AUGUUUUUAUUAAUCAUUACAAUAUAUCUCGUUAUUAUUUCAUCAAAUGCGAAUGAACGUUUACCAAAAUUAUGGAAUGAAGCUCCUUCAUCAAUUUCUGAUUAUCCAUUCGUUAAAAAUGAUUCAACAACAUCUCAUUUAAUUAAUCCAUGGUUAUAUUUAGAUAGACUUGGUUUAUAUAAAAUAUUAAUUAUAACAACAACACCUUUAAUGCCAUUUUGUUCAUUAUCAAAUGCAUCGAAUAUUUUAUUUGGUCUUCCUGCACAAUUUAGUUGGCAAUUUGAUUCGAAUAGAUUAUUUUCAAAUGGAACUCAACAAAUAUCCAUAGAUAGUUGGUGGGCAUCUGCUAAUUAUUAUCUAUCUGUUAUUCCAUUUCUUGCUGCUGUUGAUGUAGGAAUUAUUCAACAAGGUUCUUUUCAAAUUGUAAAACAAGGAAAUUUUUGUUCGAAUUCUGAUGAAUGUUUUCGUCAAGUACCUGAAGCUAUGAUUACAUGGCGUCAAUUUUUUUCUAAUCUGUCACAACCAAAUUAUUGUAAGAAUGAUUAUAUUGAUGAUCGUAUUAUUGAUAAAUGUUAUUUAAAUCCAAUGUGGUCAGCUCAUGUUGCUUCAAUUGAACAUGCUCUUCCAUUAAUUGCAUCAAAAGUAUCACUACUGCCAUCUUAUAAUGAACAACAAUUUGGUUUAGGUUGGGCAAAUAUUGUAGAUUUUCUUGGUAUGUCACGGGAGAAUACAAAUUUAUCAAAAGUUAAUACUUAUCAAGAUGAGUUUUUUCCCAAACGAAUGUUAACAGUCGAUGAUAAACCACCACAUUGUUCAGAUUUAUCUAAAACAGUAAAUCAAGCUUUGGAAUUAUUAUUUUCUAUUCGAGAAGAAUGGUUUCCGGAAUUGAGAAUAUUAUGGAAACGAGCAACAUGUAAUUUUGAAUCUAGACAAGAUGCACAACAUGUUAUAGAAACAGUGGCAAUAUCAAAAUCAACAGCAGCAGCUUAUUAUAGUGAAGCUAUACUCAAAUCAUAUUUGCAUAAAUGUGAUCAAUAA